GGAAUAUUACUUCCUCAUGUUUCUGCAGCGCUCAGAGACAAACAAGACGUGCUUUGAUUAUGUGUGUGAGGACUGGAAAAAAGGCCGCAAAAAAGUGUUUCAUUCAUGUAGAUCAGUAGAGCAUUUAUUACAACGUAGCUAUAGCUGGAAUGUUGCUUUGAAGAAUGACAGUUAGUGACUAAGACUCAGACUGGACCGCAAAAUCCUAUCUUUUCUAUACGAGAUACAUCCUGGACCUAAAAUGUGUGAUUGUAAGACUUUGCAACUUUUUAUCUUGAAUGCCGAUUGCCCUUGUGCCAAAGUGUUGAGGGAGUGGAUUUGUUAUCAGGAUGUGGUGGUCAAAGUGCAUGCUGUAUGAUGAGCACUGCUUCAUUUGCGUCGGUUCAAAAAGAGGACAGAAGUCGCCAUCAGGUCGCUGACAUGACGAAUGCAAAAACUCCAAGGAAGGAGUUUUUAGAAGACUUAAGUGUUCUACAGUGGAUACUGACCUUUCUAUUUUUGGGAGUGACGUGUAUCAUCCUGAUGGUGGGUCUAUUGUUUACAUCUCUGUGGCUGUUUCCCACCCUGUGCUUCAUAUGGCUUGUGAUCGACUGGAAAACUCCUGAGACAGGCAGCAGAAGAUCACCAGCUAUGAAGAAGUGGAAGGUUUGGGAACACUACAGAGACUAUUUUCCAAUCAAGUUGGUGAAGACAGCUGAACUGAGCCCAAACAAAAACUACAUUUUGGGCUGUCACCCACACGGCAUAAUGAGUAUGGGAGCCUUCGGCUGCUUCACCACAGGCUGCUGCGGCUUUGCGGAGGCUUUCCCCGGAAUGCGAGCUACUUUGGCUAUAUUGGCUGGGCUCUUUCGGAUCCCACUUUUUAGGGAGUACAUCAUGGGUGCAGGCCUGGUUCCAGUCAGCAAGCCAAGCCUUACCCACCUUCUGUCCAAGAGCGGCACAGGAAACGCAGUGGUGAUUGUGAUAGGGGGCGCUGCAGAGUCCUUGGCCUCCCAUCCUGGAGAACAUACUGUGCUAGUGAAGCAGAGAAAAGGCUUUGUUAGGGUGGCACUUGAGUAUGGGGCUGAUCUGGUGCCUGUUUACUCCUUUGGAGAAACUGAGCUAUUCCAGCAAAUCACCUUCUCUGAGGGUACACUGGGUCGAACGUUACAAGACCUGUUUAAAAAGAUCACAGGAUUCGCCCCCUGCCUGUUUAUUGGCGAGCGCUGGGUACUGCUACCCUCCAGAACUCCCAUCAUCACAGUGGUGGGAAGUCCCAUCUCUGUACCCCAACGGGCCACACCCACAAAGGAGGAGGUGGACCACUAUCAUCAACUGUACAUGGACGGCCUGUCAAAGUUAUUCCAUGAACACAAAGUCAGCUGUGGCCUUUCAGAGACUCACAAGCUGUGUUUUAUUUAGGUUUUAUUUCGUUGUGACAUCUUUGUUAUAUGGGGCCUCAAUGGACAAUAACGGGUCAUCAUGUGAGUGUGAGCUAGACCUCCUUAAAGUGCCUCAGAGAAAUGUGUAGAUUUAACAAUGACUACAGUAUAUUAGGUGGGUUACUUUAUUACUCAGCGAAUUUAUGCAAGUGUUUUUCAACAUACUGGAUUUGUCAGCCAUAAUGAUCAGAGUGCUAAUAAUAAACUUGAUGCUCGGAAUGUA